AACGUCUUUAGGUAUCUCAUUUAUCACUUUAUGACGAAAGAAAAAGAAUUAAAAAAAGUGCCUGAUAUUUUACCAAAGAUGAUUGUCUUUGAUUUGGACUAUACUUUAUGGCCUGAAUGGAUCGACUGCACUUGUGGUCCCCCUUAUACUUAUGAUGAAAGUUCCAAUACUGUGACAAACCACCGAGGAGAAACACUAGGCUUCUUUCCACAUACAGCAACCAUCAUUUCUAUCAUCAAGUCUUUUCCUGAUAUCAAGAUUGGUAUUGCUUCUAGAACAAGUACGCCUGAUUGGGCUAGAGAAGCUCUUGGCUUAUUAAGGGUCCCUGAACUGGAUUCUACAUUGAAAGAAAUUAUCAAUUAUUUUGAGAUUUAUCCAGGCAGUAAAAUCAAGCAUUUCCAGUCAUUAUCCAAGAAAUCAGGCAUUCGUUGUGAUGAGAUGCUCUUCUUUGAUGAUGAACAUAGAAACAGAGAAGUAACAAAACUCGGUGUUCAUUUCGUACGAGUAGAUACACGUAAAGGCAUCACACCUUUUCAAUUUGAGAAUGCAUUGCAUGCUUAUGCAAGUAACUCGACAACCAAACAAUCCACUUUAGAUAACUACUUUUAGAAUAAAGUAACAUAUCAUUGGCCAGGCCAAGGUUUAAACAACCGCAUAAAUACUUGAACCAUUAGCACAGUACGUCAUUUUUGCAUAAACA